GUACAAAACCACUUCACGCCGUAUUCGACCCGCCGCCGAAGCUCCACGAGGACACACUUCCGCUGACACUGCGAAUCCCUCACCAUCUCCUCUCACAAUGUCCGCACGAUUCGGCCUGCGCGCGGCGCAAACAACCUUCCGCCAGCCCGUAUUCCAGCAGAAUGUCAACGCACACCUUCGAUUCGCCCAGCGCCGAAUGCAGUCGACCGUCACGGAGGCUGCGGAAGCUGCCAAAGCCACCGAGUCGGGACUCGCAAGAUUUCUCAACUCUCCUGUCGGUCCCAAGACGGUGCACUUUUGGGCACCCAUCAUGAAGUGGGGUCUUGUCCUCGCAGGUGCCGCCGACUUCGCCCGCCCAGCCGACCAGCUCUCCCUCUCACAAAACACCGCACUCAUGUGUACUGGCCUCAUCUGGACUCGAUGGUGCUUCGUCAUCAAGCCACGAAACUUGUUCCUUGCCAGCGUCAACUUCCUCCUCUUCUGCGUGGGAGCCACUCAGACCGGGCGUGUCUUGAGCUACCAGGCAAGUCAGAAGGGAACUACCGUUGGGGAGGAGAUCAAGGAUGCGGCGAAGGAGCAAGGAAAGAAGAUCGAGCAGGCAGUUGAGAAGGUGGAGGCCAAGGUUUCCAAGUAAAUGUGUCUCUACGUGGUAUCUGGCAAAAAGGAAAGUGAGAGGAGGACACACGGUGGGGCAUGUCGAGCUGUCGUCCUAGAAUCUCAGCCGCCGAUGCAUCUCAAGCUGGUAUCUCUGGUUUUCGACGGGACGCCAAAGCGCUUGGAUCUCCUAUGUUUUCUCAGAAGCAGCCGCUUGGAGGUUCGAAUGAGUUGCAGUAGACCUACUAGGUCGCAGUUAUGUACAGCGCCAAAGGCCUUUGCUUCCUUCG